GACUGCCUUUCUGGCUGCUCCCCUCCAUAGCUCGUCCUCAGCCCCACACUUUCAUCCCUGCCCUGAGGGGACCUUUCGAGCCAGAUAAAAGGUGGGACUCGGCUCGUCUGCCAUGGGCAAGCAGAACAGCAAACUGCGGCCGGAGAUGCUGCAGGAUCUGCGGGAGAACACGGAGUUCUCGGAGCUGGAGCUGCAGGAGUGGUACAAGGGCUUCCUCAAGGACUGCCCUACUGGCAUCCUCAACGUCGACGAGUUCAAGAAGAUCUACGCCAACUUCUUCCCCUAUGGCGACGCCUCCAAGUUCGCCGAGCACGUCUUCCGCACCUUCGACACCAACAGCGACGGCACCAUCGACUUCCGGGAGUUCAUCAUCGCGCUGAGCGUGACCUCGCGUGGCCGCCUGGAGCAGAAGCUCAUGUGGGCCUUCAGCAUGUACGACCUGGACGGUAACGGCUACAUCAGCCGGGAGGAAAUGCUGGAGAUUGUGCAGGCCAUUUACAAGAUGGUUUCGUCCGUGAUGAAGAUGCCUGAGGACGAAUCGACCCCGGAAAAGAGGACUGAGAAAAUCUUCCGCCAAAUGGACACAAACAAUGACGGCAAGCUGUCGCUGGAGGAGUUCAUCCGCGGGGCCAAAAGCGACCCAUCGAUCGUGCGCCUGCUCCAGUGCGACCCCAGCAGCGCCUCCCAGUUCUGAGCUGGGGAGGAACCAGCUCGCCGCCUCCCUGCCUUCACCGGCCCUCCGGCCCUCCGCUUCCUCUCCCUCGUGUCUAUCCAGGCUGGGGGCCAGACUGGGGACCCCCUUCUGGGGUCUGCACUGUGGAGGGGGCGCCCUCUGGAGAAGCGAACCCUGCAAGGAAGGGGCUUAAUAAGACAGCCGUUAGCAUCCACGGCCCUAGAGACAGAAUCUCCCUGAGUGGGACGGAGAUGACUCUGGUGUGGUCUGUCCCCGCUCUGUAUUCCUUAUUCAGACAGCUGGGUCACCUUCCACCCACCCACAGCCCCGAGGCCCUUCCACAACGCGGGGUGGGGUGGGGGGAGGUUCCCCUCGGGUGGCCCUCAGCCUGGAGAGAGGUGGGGAGGUGAAGAGUCUUUUGGUUUGGUGGGGAGACAUGGAGGAUUCCUGGGGCUUGGAGGAAAUUCCCCGAUCUACUUCCCUGCAGAAGAACGGUUCCUGUCCCAGCUCUUGCUGACUGGAGGCCAUGGUUAAAAAAAAGAUCUCCCAGGAUUCCAACUGGGGGUCCCCAAACCCAGCCUGCCUCUUAGCAUUGGAAUGACCACAGACUUAACCCCUCUGUAUUCUGUAUUUCACCCUCCCACCCUCACACACGCAGGCCACACACACACACACACACACACACACACACACACACACACACACACACACACACACACACACACACACACGGGCAUGGCCCCUCCACAGCGUUCUGUGUGGGAAAGAAGCGCAGGCCCCUGGCAAAGCCCUCACCUCCCUCUGCAUGCAGCACACGGAGCAUCUCUGUUCUUUUUAAUAACUUCAAAAUAAAGUCUUGUUUCAGUGCGGA